ACCCAGAAUCUAAUGCAUCCAAAUCCUUUUGUCACCCCUAGCACUAGUUUGCGUUGAGGCAAAGGGGUUGUCGUCAACUUCUUUCUAUUCAAAACCGAAACGUUAAGCGCCUAGCCACCGUUCCCGUAAUCUUAUCCCUAUUCUUAUUUAUUUAUUUAUUUUUUUUUUAUUAAAGUUGAAAAAGAACAAAACCCAUCAUCAAUUCAUCAUCCGGGGUUUAUCAAAGAUUUUCAUAUAUCAAUUCAGGCCUUGUUUGGUAUUUUGAUGAUUUGAUUUGAGAAAUGGGUUCAAAGAAGAAGAAGAAAGGAGGAGGGAGGAGAGGUAAAGUAAGGGCUUCUUCCAAAGAUCAUAAUUCUCAUGAUGGAGAUGAGAACGAGCUUCUUUCUGAAGAGAUCACUGCCCUGUGUGCAAUAUUUGGAGAAGACUGCAAAGUUGUCUCAGGAUCACCUCCGAAAAUCAUCAUUAAGCUCAGGCCUUACACGAAGGAUAUGGGUUAUGAGGAUCUUGAUGUUUCUGCUCUCCUCUUAGUUAGGUGCUUGCCGGGAUAUCCUUACAAGUGCCCAAAGUUGCAGAUCACUCCAGAGAAAGGCCUCACCAAAACCGGGGCCGAUAGUCUUUUGUCUCUACUUAAUGAUCAGGCAAAUUCUAAUGCUCGAGAAGGACGAGUAAUGAUUUUUAAUUUGGUGGAAGCUGCUCAAGAGUUCCUGUCUGAAAUUGCUGCUGUGGGUCAAUCACAUGAACCUAUUUUACACUCAACCAGAGGAAAUAAUGGCCAGUUGCUUCAGAAGGAUGUUGCAAUUUCAAGUAACAAGAGUUGCUCUUCUAGGGGGCCUUUUGUUUAUGGUUUUAUAGAUCUUUUCAGUGGAUCUGGAGAGUCAUGGAAUUGGCCUAUGGAUAUGGACAAAAACAGAGGUUUAGUUUCUACUGUACAAUCACUUGCAUCCAAUGAUUCAAAAGUUGGAUAUAAUGUUCGAGAAAAGAAACUCGAGAAGAAUCCAAAGCUAUUGGCACUGGAAGAAAAAAAGAGAGUUCCGUCACCUUUACCCAUUGCAAACCUGGAUACCCUUAAAGAAGAAAGUGAAGAUGACAGUAAGAGCGUAUCUACUGCUGAUUCAAGCAAUUUUUUGAUAGAGGACUGGGUCAGAAAUGGCAUGAAAGGUGAGAAGGAGGAUAUUGUUCUUGAAGAAACAGAGGAUGAUGAUGGUGAUCUUGAAAGUGAGCCUCAGGAAACAGAGGACGAUGAUGGUGAUAUUGAAAGUGAGCCUUGGGAGUCAUUAUCUUUUGAAUCCUUAAAUGAUGAUCAAGCAUCAGAAGCCAUUGAAAAAGAUCUAAUGAUGGUUCAUCUGCUUCGCCUUGCUUGUGCUUCUAAAGGGCCAUUAACUGAUGCGCUGCCACAGAUGAUAACAGAGCUGUAUAAUUUAGAUAUGAUUUCAGAACGGGUUCGGGAUUUAGCUUUUAAAUCAGCUUUGGCGUUCAAUAAAACCUUUGAUCAUGCUUUCCGUCUGCAUAUGGUUUCAUCCAAAGUUUCUGAAUUUUGGAAACCUGCUUCUGAUUUGGGAGGGCCAAGUUCAUCUCUCCCAAGCUCUCGAUAUUUGAAUGACUUUGAGGAGCUACAAUCCCUUGGCCAUGGUGGUUUUGGCCAUGUUGUAUUAUGCAAAAAUAAGCUAGAUGGAAGACAAUAUGCAGUGAAGAAAAUUCGACUCAAGGACAAAAACUUGCCUGUUAAUGAUCGAAUAUUGAGGGAGGUAGCUACACUUUCCCGUUUACAACAUCAGCAUGUUGUCCGUUACUAUCAGGCGUGGAUGGAAACAGGUGUUGCUAGUUCUUCUGGUGAUACUGCAUGGGGUUCAGGGACCACAACAAGCUAUACAUUCAGUAAUGGUGCAGGCUUGACUGAUGUCCCUGGACGGGAGAACAAACUUGAGUCAGCAUAUCUAUAUAUUCAGAUGGAAUAUUGCCCUAGGACUCUGCACCAAGUCUUUGAAUCGUAUAACCAUUUUGAUAAAGAAUUAGCAUGGCAUUUGUUUCGCCAAAUUGUGGAAGGCUUGGUACACAUACAUGGACAAGGAAUCAUCCAUCGGGACUUAACUCCAAAUAAUAUCUUUUUUGAUGCUCGCAAUGACAUUAAAAUUGGAGAUUUUGGUCUUGCAAAAUUCUUGAGGUUUGAGCAAGUGGACCAGGAUGGUUGUUUCCCAACAGACACAGCUGGAGUCUCAAUUGAUGGUACCGGUCAAGUUGGUACCUAUCUUUACACUGCACCCGAAAUUGAGCAGGGAUGGCCAAAGAUUGAUGAGAAGGUUGACAUGUACAGUUUAGGAGUUGUGUUCUUUGAGCUUUGGCACCCUUUUGGGACAGCAAUGGAGAGAAACAUUGUUUUAUCUGAUUUGAAACAGAAAGGAGAACUUCCUACUGCAUGGGUAGCUGAAUUUCCGGAACAGGCAUCAUUAUUACGAUGCUUAAUGUCUCAAAGUCCUUCUGAUCGCCCAUCUGCCCCAGAACUUUUGCAAAAUGCUUUCCCUCCACGAAUGGAAUAUGAGCUGUUGGAUAAUAUUCUACGUACGAUGCAGACUUCUGAGGACACAAGUGUGUAUGACAAAGUUGUGAAUGCCAUUUUUGAUGAAGAAAUGUUAGGAAUGAAAAACCAUCACCAGAAUGCUGGUAGAUUGAGAAUGGUUCAACAUGAUACUUCUUCUAUCCAGUUUGCAGAUUUAGACACUGAACUUCGUGAUUAUGUUGCUGAGGUCUCCAGGGAAGUGUUCAAACAGCAUUGUGCAAGGCAUCUCGAAAUAGUAUCCAUGCGUCUGCUGGAUGAUUGUCCACAGUUCUAUAGGAAUACUGUCAAACUUCUGACUCACGGAGGAGAUAUGCUUGAACUCUGUCAUGAGCUGCGUCUACCUUUUGUUAGUUGGAUGGUAGCAAACCAGAAAUUUUCAUUCAAGCGAUAUGAGAUAUCAUCUGUUUAUAGAAGAGCCAUUGGUCAUUCACCUCCAAAUCGCUAUCUUCAGGGUGAUUUUGACAUUAUUGGAGGUGCAUCAGCUUUGACAGAGGGAGAGGUUCUCAAGGUGAUAAUGGACAUUUUAACUCGAUUCUUUAACUCAGAGUUCUGUGAUAUUCAUCUUAAUCAUGGGGACCUGCUUGAGGCAAUUUGGUCUUGGGCAGGAAUAAAUGCAGAACACCGGCAGAAAGUAGCUGAGCUUCUCUCAAUGAUGGCUUCUUUGCGUCCUCAAUCAUCUGAACGAAAGUUAAAGUGGGUUGUUAUAAGGCGUCAGCUUUUGCAGGAACUCAAUUUAGCAGAAGCUACUGUAAAUAGAUUGCAGACUGCUGGUUUAAGAUUCUGUGGACCUGCAGACCAGGCCCUCCCUCGAUUGAGGGGAGCUUUGCCAGCUGAUAAACCUACGCGCAAAGCGCUUGAUGAGUUGUCAGACCUCUUUAGUUACUUAAGGGUCUGGAGGAUUGAAAAACAUGUUUAUAUAGAUGCAUUAAUGCCACCAACUGAGAAUUAUCAUAGAGAUAUAUUUUUUCAGAUAUACUUAAAGGAGAACCAUCCCGGAUCUCCUACUGAAGGUGCAUUGCUUGCUGUUGGUGGUCGCUAUGACUAUCUGCUUCAUCAAAUGUGGGAUAAUGAAUAUAAAACAAAUCCUCCAGGAGCUGUGGGCACCAGCCUUGCACUUGAGACUAUAAUCCAGCAUUCCCCUGUAGAUUUCAAGCCUAUUAGAAAUGAAGCUACCACCAGCAUCCUUGUUUGUUCAAGAGGAGGAGGCGGUUUGUUAAUUGAACGCAUGGAACUUGUUGCUGAGUUGUGGGAGGAGAAUAUCAAGGCUGAGCUUGUCACUGUACCUGAUCCAAGUCUCAGGGAGCAAUAUGAAUAUGCAAGUGAACAUGAGAUAAAAUGUCUUGUUAUCAUAACGGACAUGGGUUUAUCUCAAACUGGCUUUGUUAAGGUUCGUCAUCUUGAUCUUAAGAAGGAGAAAGAGGUUAAGAGAGAAGAUCUUGUCAGGUUUCUGUUGAAUGCGAUGAGAACACAAUUUAGAAACCCUUCAGUUUGGAGCUAGUUCUGUCUUCGUCAAAUAUCAGGUGUAUGACUCAGAAUUCUUCUCUGUUGUCUCCUCUGGUGCUAGAUGGAGCACGCAAUCUACAGGAUUUUGCAUGAAUUUACCGCGGACACUGAGUAGUUUUUGUAUCAAGUUUUUUUCUGUACCAUGACUCACAGUAUAUUACAUGUUACAUAAUUCAGUUGAAGCUAGUGUAAAUAUGUCAACACUCACAGGUCCAUAGAAUAGGAAAAAGGAAAUAAACCAAUAGUCAAUGAUAUAGUUAUCAACAAGGAAAAUCACAAUAAUACAUCUUGAUUUCUCAUUUUGGAAA